GGCCGAGGCACUACUAUUGAAAACUUUCAACUUAGUCUAGUAAAGUUCCUGUUGCCUUUAAUUUUACUCAUAUACACAUCUGCCAGAAACAAUCAAGCUUCGGAAAAGAUUGGAGACGUGGCAAAGGAGGAUGCCCGUCUGGAAACCAUCAUGCCUCCGACAGGGUGCCGACGAGUCAGAAACUGGUUCAAGUCGUAAGAAAUCCAGCAGCCAUGCUCCAAAUGCUGAAGCAACUGAAUCAGCACCUAGUAGACGUGCUAGUAUAAAUGAGGAUCAGAAAGGUAAAGUUGUGGUGGACUUAAUCAAAAGAGAAGGCUGUGGCCUUGGACUCACAAUAUCAGGCGGUGUUGAUAAAAACAGUAAACCAUGGAUAUCCAGCCUCAGGACCGGUGGUAUAGCACAGCGGAGUGAUUCCUUAUUAGUGGGUGACUUCAUACUCUCAGUCAAUGGUAUUAGAACCACUAAUCUACAACACGGUGAGGUUGUCAACUUAUUGAAGAAUGCAGGGGAGAGGGUAACCUUAGAAGUGGAGUUCGAACUCCCACCUUUGCCUUUUGAGAAUGGUCUGAACGUAGUCUCCAAGACUGUUGAAAUAACUUUAAGCAAAGAGAAUAAUAGUUUUGGUUUUGUGAUAAGGGGAGGAAUCUGUGACGAAAACUCCAAAACCCGGCCGCUAACGAUGUGUCAUAUUCGACCAGGUGGACCUGCAGACAGGGAUGGUACGCUGAAAGUUUGUGAUCGUUUGAUAUCUGUUGAUGGUAUAUGCUUAACUGGCUCACCUUACCAAGAAGCUAUAGCUGUUUUGAAGCAGAGUGGUCACAACGCUGUUAUGUUGAUAGAAUAUGAUGUCUCUGUUAUGGAUGCUGUUACUACUGCCACUGGUCCAUUGCUAGUAGAGGUUGCUAAGACACCUGGUACCAAUCUAGGAAUUACUCUGAGUUCUCUACGUAAUAACACACAUAAUGCAAUUGUUAUUGACAGUGUGAGGCCAGCUAGUAUCGCUGACAGAUGUGGUGCUUUACAUGUUGGUGACGAGAUAAGGUCUAUUGAUGAUAUUGACACUCGCCAAAUGUCUGUUGCUGAAGCGUCUCAGUUUUUACUCAACUCAUCUGAUCAAAUCAAGCUGGAAAUUCUCCCAAUUAGCCAGCUUCUACCAAAGAUACGAAGCACAGCAGAAAAAUCCCUUGUGCUUGCUAGUGUGUCUCCAGCUGCCUUCAGAGAACCAAGUGUCUACACAACUGGAACUAUGCGUAGUACAAUGAGUAGGAAAAAACCUACAAGACUGACAUCAAAAUUGGGAAGACAGAACUCCAGUGCCUCAGUCAGUUCCAGUUACAACACCAUGCCUGCAAACCAGGUGUGUAGAACAGAAACAACUGAAGUCAUUUUACAGUCACCCAGUGCAGAUUAUGGUAUUUCAUUGCAAGGAGGAGUCUUCUCAACUGAAAUUCUCAGCUCACCACCAAUCAUUGAUUUCUUGGAGCCUGGUGGACCGGCAGAAAGGUGUGGAGUUAUACAAGUGGGUGACAGAGUUCUUUCUGUGAAUGGCAAGUGUACUGAAGAUCGAACGCUAGAAGAGUCUGUGCAAGUAUUUCGGGACUCUGGUACACAAUGUUCCAUGGAGAUUGAAUUUGAUGUCGCUGAAUCAGUUGUUCCAAGCAGUGGUACAUUCAUUGUCAAGUUACCCAAGAUGGAAGGUGGACUUGGUAUCACAAUCAGUUGUCCUAAACAGCGGAAAGCCGGUGAGCCGCUACUGAUAUCACAUGUCAAGAAAGGCAGUGUAGCUCACAGGACAGGAACACUAUCACCAGGAGAUAAACUACUGGCCAUUGACAGUAUCCCACUAGAUAACUGUACAGUGGAAGAUGCUGCACAGAUUUUGCAACAAGCUGAUGAAAUAGUCAAACUGCGGAUACAGAAAGAUGACACAUUUUCUGAUGAACCUGGGAGUGGUGCUAUAACUUACUCUGUAGAAUUAAUUCGUCAUGGUGGUUCAUUGGGCAUCACUAUAUCAGGUACAGAGGAGCCGUUUGAUCCAAUCGUCAUUUCAGGUCUUACAGACAAUGGCCUGGCUGAAAGAACUGGUGCUAUUCAUGUUGGGGAUGUGAUUCUUGCUAUAAACUCUGUCCCACUCCGAGGUCAGCCACUAUCUGAAGCGAUUAGACUUUUACAGACUGUUGGUGAUACUGUUAAUCUUAAGAUUUGUAAACCAAGAAAUCAGAAACGUGCUGUGACUGGUGCUGCUGAGGCCUCUAAUGCUGCUAUGAUGAGUGACUAUGAUAACUUAGAAUCAAACCUGCAUUUUCAUAAAGAUCGUCUGAGGCGUGACAGACAUAGCACACCGAUUACUAGCGCUGACAGUGCUGUGGAUUCCUGGGAUGGGUCAGGAUUUGAUGCAGGUUACCAUAGCAACCCAACUGUAGCAGCAGCUGGGAAAUACCCAAUGCAGAACCAAAUUUCUGAGGCAUCACUGAAACAGAGGACAGGAAGGCUGACAAGACCUCAGAGGCCUAAAAAAUGUAAGUCAAGGACUAAAGUUAUGCAUAAUGAGCAUGGUAGUGACGAUGAAGAGGAGUGGGACCUGCAGACAAACUCGUGUAACAGUGGCAAUGGAUGUGGUAGCAGUGAUGCACUCAGCUCAGACCAAGAUGAGAAAGAUGCUAAUGAUCUAAUGAAAAACUAUAUCUGGACUGAAGCACUGAAAGACUUGGAAAAAUGUGGACAAACAGACAUACUCCGAGAAUUGAUGGAAGACACUACGCUAGAUAGAGAUACUCAACCACCAGCUACAGUGAAUGGACAUGCUCAGGUGGUUCCCAAAAGCAGUACCAUUCCCAUUGGCCGAGGACAUCCUACCGAUUUCAAAAACAUCAAUGACCAGAUGAAAGAUAUAUUUUCACCAACUCCUAUUGAACUACAUAAAGUCGCUCUCUGUAAGGACAUGGAUUAUGAUGACUUUGGAUUUAGUGUCUCAGACGGCCUCUAUGAGAGAGGGGUUUAUGUGAAUUGUGUCCGACCUGGUGGUCCUGCCGCCCAAACCGGAAAUAUCCGGCCAUUUGACAGGAUACUGCAGAUCAACCACACCAGAACCCGGGACUUUGACUGCUGCAUGGUUGUGCCAUUAAUAGCAGAGGCUGGUGAAAGAUUAGAAGUUGUCAUCAGUAGAAACCCAUUAGCACAACCUGAAAUCCAGCAUCAACAACACCUAGGUUACGGUUGGCAAGAUGACCUAAUUGUACACAGUGCUCCAAAAACUUCAUCUAAAACCUUGUAAUUAUCAUAAUACCUGAUACCUGAUUAGAUGUAGAUGAUCACACUAAUAAUUUUCAUACAUUGUUUUAAAUUAUAUUAAACUAUGUAUUUAUGAAAACCAAUACUUCGCAAAACUUAAAGAUAAUUAGUUUUUCAUGACAUGAAAAACAUAAACCAUAUAGAGAUUUUGCAUAACGUUCUUGUUGUUUAAAUGUUGUUUUUUUUGUUUU